AUGGAGAAGAAGCCGCCGCCGCCGCAGCAUGUGCAGCUCUCGCAGCAGCGGACGCGCUGGCUUCUGCCGCUGCUCGCUUCCCUCUUCCUCUCCUCGCUGCUGAUCUCCGCCUCCACCUUCUCCUCCCCUUCUUCUUCUUCCUCCGUCGCGCCCAUCUCCUCCUCAUACGGCGGUGGCGGGGGCGGCGACCGCGGUGGGCACUCCCCGCUCUUCGUGGAGGACGAGCUCCGGGCUUCCCCCAGACGAGCCCCUCCCGGCUCCGAGAUCCCCCGGAUCGCCUACCUCAUCUCCGGCUCGGCCGGCGACGGCGAGAGCCUCCGGCGGGUCCUCCGGGCGCUGUACCAUCCCCUGAACACCUACGCCGUCCACCUCGACCUCGAGGCCUCCGCCGCCGAGCGGAUGGAGCUCGCCGCCGCCGUGCGGGACGAUCCCGUCUACGCCCGGUUCGGGAAUGUCCGGGUGAUCGUGAAGGCCAAUCUGGUCACGUACCGGGGCCCCACCAUGGUGGCGAACACCCUCCAUGCCGCCGCUGUCCUGCUUAGGGAGGGCGGCGACUGGGACUGGUUCGUCAACCUCAGUGCUUCCGACUACCCCCUCGUCACCCAGGAUGGUAAGUCAAUGGAAUGUCCCCCAGCUCCCCCCUUCUCCCUUCAUCGUUUUCCUUAAAAGCGCACUUCUUUACAAAACUCCGACGAUCUUCUCGAGCAGAUCUCCUCUACGCGCUGUCGGGCUACCCGAGGCACCUCAACUUCAUCGACCACACGAGCGACAUCGGCUGGAAGGAGUGCGCCCUCGCCCUCGCCCUCGCCCUUGCCCUCGCCCACGACCUCCUGCAGCGAGCUUCCCAUCUGAUCUGACGAGGUGAUUGUCGACUGGCCCCGCAGGUUCCACAGGGCGAAACCCAUAAUCAUCGAUCCCGGCCUGCACAGCUCGCAGAAGUCCGAUGUGUUCUGGGUCACGGAGAGGAGGACCCUGCCCUCGGCCUUCAAGCUCUUCACUGGUGAGUCACCUGUAGCCCAGGCUUGCUUCCUGUGACGGUAGACAAUGGAUCCGAUCUCUGAGAGGCUACACCGCCCACUCGCGACUCGAGAUCGAUCCCUCCCCGCAAAUCCAUUCGAACUGGUCGGGCGCUCUGGGGGUGGAGCUUUCGAGCUAUUUCUGUGAAGAUUUGACUCUUCACCGCUGUCCUCCGAAGAAGCCGCGGGGGACAGAUGAUUGGGCGGCGUCCCCCGUUCAGUUCUGCCGAUCUUGGAUGGGAGAUCGGCGAGCGACCGUGAUGGACGCCUUGAGAACUUCGGCGACAUCACUGGGCUCGCCGUCCAUCAUAUGUUAAUUGUCUCAGUCUUCUCUGAAGCGGGCUCCGUCGAGGAUCCCCGGCAGGGAUGGUACUCGCAGAGCGCUCGGCGGUUUGCUCCCGAGGAAGGGCUCAAUUCAUGGUUGUGGUGGUGAUGGUCGCAGGGUCGGCGUGGAUGAUGCUGAGUCGGGAGUUCAUGGAGUUCUGCCUUUGGGGGUGGGACAACCUCCCCCGGACGCUGCUCAUGUACUACGCCAACUUCCUCUCCUCCCCGGAGGGCUACUUCCACACGGUUAUCUGCAACGCGGGCGACUUCCGCAACACGACGGUCAACCACGACCUCCACUACAUCUCCUGGGACAACCCCCCCCGGCAGCACCCGCACUUCCUCGAGCUCGCCGACCUGUCCAGGAUGAUCGCCAGCAACGCCCCCUUCGCGAGAAAGUUCCCUAGGGACGCCCCCGUUCUCGACAAGAUCGACGCCGACCUGCUCCGCCGUCGCCGGCCGGGGGGCUUCCCCCACGGCGGCUGGUGGUCCUCCGGCAACGGCACCGGCACCGACCUGCCGUUCCUUUCUCCGCCGGCGGGGGCUGCCGACCUCAGCCCCGGCCCCGGCGCCGGGAGAGUGAAGAAGCUGAUAGAUGAGCUACUCUCCGCGGAAGGCUUCGAAGACGGCCACUGCCGAUGA